AUGGAUCAUCCAUUGUUUACAAUUCGUCUGAGUACAGUCGAAACUCCUACAAUCACCUCUGAAACGAUUGCAUCCAGUUUUAACAAGGAUGAUAUUAGUUUCUUUUUUCCUUCCCAAUCGUCAUCCAACACGAUCGAAUUUCGAGAACAAAUUCGGUACUAUCUCUUGGCACUGGUCAAAUCCAUCCACUGGAAAAAUAUUACUACAGAAAUCGAUGAUAUCCUUAUAAACGAUGUUAUUCCAGCGUUCGCAUUCAGAAAUGAGCGAUUUCGAGAGGAAAUGGAAUACCGGCAGAUACAUAAACAACAAUUUGAACAAGCUUUGAUGGAUAAACUGCAAGAAGAUGCGAAUACUAAUACAUAUACAUGCACCGAGCUAUCAGCUAUUUCCGCCAUUGAAAAUAGCCAAGCACAGAAAGAGAAGUGUCAAGCUGAACAACUAUCAUAUUUCACUAUUCAGUCAUUGAUAUCGAUUCUCUUAGUUUUGUUCAAGUCGGCCGAAAAAAACGAUCCAGCAAUUAUUCACCAAAUCUUAACAUUAGCAGAUCAGUUAUGCGAACAACUACCCAUAAGAUAUUUCUCAUCUCGAAAUACUCUUUUACUCAAAUCAUUCGAACCACUGACAAACUACAUAUACCAAUUAUCUUUAACAUCAGAUAUUCUUAUUUCUAAACAAUCCACUAAAAUUCUCCUCAUUGUUUCUAUGGCCAAACGAUCUUUCAAAGACAUUUUAUCCUUAAUGAACAAACUUAUCUUUAACAUAACGGAUAUUUAUAAGAUAAAACGUCUAAUCAUGCAGAUGAAUGAUGUACUGACCACCACGCUCGCUGAAUCGAAACAAUCAUCAAAUGUCGAAUUCGCUUCGUUGACUUACUUGAAAUCCAUAAAUUCAUACCCAAAUGAUCAGCUAUCAACGUUAAGUGAACAUUCACUGACAGGUCAAUUCAUUUCAUCUAUUAUUUUGUCUCAUAUUGACAUCGAGAACGAAAUUCAUUCGCCUAUCAAGCAAUCGAAACUGAGUUCGAUUUCGUUGGAAUUCCAUUCGGAUACAUUUCGCGAUUUGUUCGGCAAUAUCGAACAACUUUCAGUCUUACUAUCAACUCAAUCGAAUCAAGUUAUCAUUCAGAUUUUAACUGUAUGUUUGCGAUUGUUUACGACACAUCUACAAAUCCUCUCGGAAUGUCGUGAUCAUAUGUCAACAUACACAUCCAACACUGAAUUAAAUAAAUGGUUUGACUUAUUAUUCCAAUUGAUCUGCAAUCACAACAAAGAACUGUCAAUGAUCAGCGAACAAGCAUCGAAGGCAUUGAUUAAUGUUAUCAAUCUACAAAAUCUGUCAUUUGAUCAAAAGUUAAUUUUAUUUCAAAAGUAUAUUAUGAAGAACGAACAUUCAACCUUGAUCGCUCAAAUUCUAGUGGAAUUAAACCAAUCGAAAACAUUAUUCGAUUGGAUCGAGUUUUUGAAUACUGAGAUGAAAGAGUCGACGACAUUGGACUUUUUACAUUGGUUGAUCGAUCUUUAUUUCGAAAACAAAGAAAAACCCGUCGAGGAAAUUCUGUUAUCAUUACAGCAACGAUUACUAUACGAUUUAAUAGAAUUCUGUAAGAAUCAAGGUCCCAGUAACGGUCUACUCUCUGUCAUUGUUCAAUACUUUACUUACAUUCUUCGAAAAUGUCUUGAUCAACAUAUUGUUGCUGGUCAAUUGCUCAGUUCGAUUUUGAUUGAUUUGAAUACUAUGGUGACAACGAAAGAAAUCUUUCCUUGCGAAUUCAUCUACCCAAUUUUCACAGCAGUUUUACCCUUAUUAGCGGACUAUUAUUUAAACAACUUAGAUAAUGAUUUUCUUUGCUGUCUAAUCGGACAAAUCAGUCACUCAUUAAUCGUUGGUACAACGGAAGAUUCUUUUGAAAAAAAGCAUCAAAAGAAAUUACAACUCCCUAUCUUUACCGGUGGAUGCACCAUCGAUGAAAACAGCGAUUUAUUAACUUCUUCGUUGGCUCUCUAUAACCCACAUCAAUUCGAAGAUUCAAUCACGAACGAUAAAGAAUUUUUAAUGUCGGUUUAUAAUAAUACUGGUGAUGGAGCACGGUUGCUCUCGGCUAUGAAAAUGCAGACGGAAGGUGAACACCAUUCACUUCCAAAAUCGAUCGAACAGCAAGUCGAUGAUGCGCGUGCUGCACUAUUUGCUGUUUAUUUGAAAUUUUAUCGAAUCGAUCAAAGUUGUCUAUUCAGCGAACAUAUAUCUAUUUACGAAUACGCCAAUGAAAUUCAAACGGUAUUCAUCAUUACCAAAAGUCAAGGUGGUAAUUGUGAUGAACUUUGCCGACAAAUUCGAAUGAAAGCGCUAUUUCUAUUGUUGACUGUCGGAGAAGAUGUCUCCGUUGUUAAGAUUGAGUUGGAAAAAGAUCAAGCGACACAGCAGCAGCAUAUCUAUCAAAGCCGAUUGCAUGAUGCGAUCGCUGAUUUCAUUUAUGGUGAGUAUUCCAAACGAUCGACCACUAUCGCAGAGCAACAAGCAGAAAUCGACGAACUGGAUAAAUGUCUUCGUCGUCAACAUCAACGAGCUUUGUUAAGAUUAAUCACAUAUCGAUUUAUCGACAUGUUUCUACAGAAGGUUCUCAAUCGAGGAGAUAACGAUCGAUCCCGAGCGACAUUACUCAUCUGUUUACCGUAUAUGCGAAGCAGUAGCUUAGAAUGGUCUUACAUUGCUAAUAUAUUCGUCGCGAAUACUCGACUAAAAGAUGAGAUCAGUCGGACGUACCAUUCGAUUAUCAGAUUUGCUUUGACUUUUAUCUUUCAAUUUGACAGUCUCAUCUUGAAUAUUCUCUAUUUAUUAAGCUUUUCUUACGAACCAACUGAUAUUUAUCAUUUGUCCAAUCAUGGGAUCGUCGAAUCAUUUUUUCAUUGUUUUGUCAGCUGUGUUGACUAUCCGAACAAAAAAACAUCGCUUACAUUGCAAUUCACGACAUUCAAUUGGUUUCGAAUGUUUGUUUUGAAUCUCUGUGAAAAUGUUGAUAUGGAGAAAUCAAGAGAGAUUUCCAAUGAAACCGUUCAACAGCAACAGCAAAACUUUGUGUUUAAUACUUUAAUCUUCAAUGAACUAAAAGCUUUAAAAUUCGCGGAGCAAAUCUCUUCAAAAAAUUCUUUGCAAAACAUUUCGAUCGGUUGGUUUCUCCAACCAAAUGAUAUGAAUUUGUGUUUAAAUCAAUAUUUAGUUCUUCUACUUCAAUCGUUUUAUGUUUCCAAACAUGUCGCACCAAUCUGUGCGACUAUUGAAUAUCUUCAUGAAUUCAUCGAAAUCUAUCAACACAAUCAAUCCAAUGUCACGCGUUUAUUACUGAUCAAAAUUCUGCGACAUAUUGUUCCGUAUAUCGUCAGUGAUGACGAGCAAUUUCUCUCCAAUACUUUGAAUUCAAUCGGUGAAAAGAUGAUUUCACAAGAUAUCAUAGCCGAAUUCAUUGCGAUGUAUCGGACGAUAAUGUCAACUAAUUGUCAUUUGCAAUUGGCAGCAAGAGAAUUGGUCUUCAAUGUGAUCAAAUUAAAUUUAGAUUUGAACUCAAUUGACACGUUGAAUCAGAAUCAAUUACUAGCAGCAUUGAACAUUAUGGGUGGAUAUAUCGAACCUUAUCGAUUAGGUUCGAUUGUAACCUGCCAAACUAAGAAAAUCUUUCAUAAUGAAUCAUCAUUGGGAUUAAUUGUGGAAAUAAAUGAAGCAGAACAAAAGUAUUUAGUUCAAUAUUUAUUAACGAAUGAAACCGAAUUAGUUUCGAUUGAUCAACUUAGGCUACAAAUCGAUGUUCCACCACCAACAAGUCCAUCAAAUGAAGUCGAUUCGAUUCUCGAUAGUUUAGGACAUUUUAUCGAAACGGUUCCAUCUGACACGGAUUCGUUGUUAUUGCUACAACUGAAACGUCAGUCGAUUUCAGUUUUAUAUUCUCUACUGAAUGAUACAAGUCUAAUCCACGUAUUUAUGGCAAAGCCGUAUGCAGCUAUUCUCGCAAAGUUAGCUCUCCCUAGUUCAUCAGAAGGAGAAAGUCAUCGAAAACCACACCGUUUACGUUCGUACGAUAGAAAGCAUCUGGAACAAUAUUCUCUCGGUUUCAAUGCACAAAGCAAAUCCAAGGAAACACGGAAUGAAAUCGAUACUUUUAUUGCUUAUAAUGGAUGGAGACCAUACACAUCCGACGGAGAAUUGGAAUUUCUCAGACGAGGUCGGAUUGGUGAUGAACGAUUACCUAUCGCUGCAAUGCCUCGUCAUUGUUCUGACCCGAGUGCGAUAGAAUUAUGUGGAAUGAAGCACCGAUUUCGCGGACGAAUAGCUCCGACAAAGGAGAACACAGAAGCAACCUUUCCAACGUACAUUGUCGAUAAUCUACAACUAAGUGAAGGAAAAUGGUAUUAUUGUGUUCGACUACUAGUCGCCCAACUCAUUCAAAUAGGAUGGGCGACAUAUGGAUUUGAACCGCGCGGUGAUCAUGGAGUUGGUGAUGAUCAAUAUUCUUGGUCGUAUGAUGGAUCUCGAGCUGUUUUUUUCAAUAACGGAGGAUACUGUGGCCAAUUCCACGAUUAUCAUUGGAAAGACAAUGAUAUCUGUGGUUGUGGAAUUGAGAUCGAUGGAACAAACACGAAAAUCAAAUACUGGAUCAAUGGAACGUUCGUAGGUACAGCAUUCGAACAUGAUUCAUUCAUUCCAUUAACGAAUGUUAAAUGCAAUCUGUUACCCAACGGAUCGAGCACAACUUAUUUUCCAGCUAUUAGUUUACAAAAUUAUUCUUCAACGCGGUGUGAAAUCAUCGUUAGCCCAGAAGAUAUGGAUGAUUGUCCAUUACCACAUGGUUACAAACCUCUCUUACUUCCAGUGUCUAUUAAUAUGGAAAAAACUCUUGUGAGUUAUCCGUUUAGUGCUUAUCUUGUUGGCGAUGAUUCUCACGACUAUUUUCUAAGAACAUCGAGAAACACUCUGCGAGACUUUGUUCAUCAAUGUCAUCUGCAAACAAGUUUUUCUGUCGAUAAUCAGUAUUUAAUCUUAUCAGAUAAUAGUAAUGGUUUUCAACUAUCAAUAGAUAAUAACGAAACAUCAUCAACGACAAUCAGUUUCGAUUUUCAAAUCAUACCACAAGAUCAACAGUCGAAUUUUGUAUUGUUCACUUUCGAUUUAUUAGAAAUCAAAUGGGAUGUAACACCUAAAAAAUGUCGCUGUGUCGUAAUUUUCUCACCGCAAGACAUGCAUAUAAAAGUUCGUAUUAAUCAUACGUCUCGAACAUUUUCUCAUACAUUUCAAUAUGAAACGAUCACGAACUUCAACCUCUGUAUUCUGCCGGGUGUUGCAGGAAAAAUAAACAAUGUUGCAGUAUGGAAAUAUACUCUCUCCGAAGAAGACAUUCGUUGUUUAUUUACCUACAGUCUCUCUUAUGUCGCUCAUGAUUACAGACACUUGCUCGAAUCUCGAAAACAAGUUGCCACUAUCUCAUUUCACAAAAAUCAACGAGAAUUUCCCGAUGAGAUACUCAUUCCAUUCACUGAAUCGUAUACAAAGGAGUUAUGGAUAGAGAGGCAAAGACAGGCAGAUAACGAUGAAGAAAAAUAUUUCAAAUCAAAUGAUGAUGAAGAUUAUUCGACUGUGGAGCUCUUUGGAAAUAAAACUCAUCUGAUUUUCAAUAAAUCACUUUAUGAAUGGUCUAAAUAUAUUUUAGCAGUCGAAUUGAGCGUUCCUUGUUGGCCAAACAUUGGCGAGGAGUUGGCACUAAUAUAUAUAAACAGUCGUUUUUGGAUUUUCAUUAAUGAUCGAGGAAAAAUUUGUGUUGAAAAUGAUGGAACGAAGAGCGAAAGUGAUUCUUCAAUUAUCCCAAACGAAUACUUUCGUGUAUUGAUUUCUCUUCAAAAUGAUUCCUUUCAAGUCUAUCUAAACAAUCGUUUAGAAAUACUUACUGAAGUGACGAAAUAUCAGUUUCACGUACAAUCAAGGCGAAUCUUUCUAUUUCGAGAGUUGAAUCCAACAAAAAACACAACAAGCGAUGAUACUCUUCGAAUAUCCUUCAAAUCGUUGACUUACCUAAAUCGUUCGAUGCCAAUCGAUCAAUUACAAUCGGCAAUCACUACGACAUCACUUAUUCUAAAUAUUCAAGCAACUUUCGUCGGUAUGGGUUACAAACCAUCUUGGAUUCAAUCGGUUAUCGCAGCGAAUCCAAUGGCUGAUAUUUCAACCAUUCAUUCCCUUUUACAUCAGCAGAAAACACAGUUCAUGAAAAGAGAUUGUGAAAAUGAGCAGAAACGUUAUUUGAAUAUUCUCUCACAACUCGAAGAUUUGACUCCAAGUCCAAAUGUACAAAUGGAUUUCAAAGACAAUUGGUUUUCGAAAUCUGUCGAAAACUUACAUAUUGGUAAUAACAUCAAUACAUGGAUGAGACACGACUCGACAAUGAUCAACGAUAAGAGCAAGUUUUAUAAAUUAUUUGAUGUGAAUGAAUUAACAGCAAAUCAGGAAUCUGUACACUAUUCACAUGAAGAUCUUUCAUCAGAACAACUUCUCGAGAAUCACAUCGCUUGUGAACACGGUUUAAUUACUGUUUAUGCCCGUGAAACUAUUCUAAACAUGUUUCAAGUUUGGUCCACAGGUCAAUUAACUUUAUUUCCCAUAGAGAAAUUCGGUGAUUACACAUUCCUGAUCGAACUAUUGAAACUAUUGGAUCACAUCGCUGAUCCUUACAAGCAAAAAGCUACUCGAGUACGUCCAAUCGUCAAUUCGAUUCUCAAACACGAAAUCAAACAUUUACCUCAGUAUAUUGAUGUGAAUGACUUGCAGAAACAGGCACCGUUGCUUUAUCAUUUAGAAAGAUUUGUCAAGAUGCAAUCGAUUGCAUGUACACUCAAACCAUCACCAGAACAGAAUGUGAAGUUCCUUUGGAAAACGCUCGAACAUUUCCUAGAAAUACUAACGGAUAAAUCAGCUCUACUUUUCCGUCUCUUCUUACUCAUUCCAGAACAUCAAUCGAAAAUAAAUAUUCUUCAUAUAUUCACCGCUUUGCUGCAAACAAGCAAAUGCAUACAAAUAACUCCGAACAUCCAACAAUUCGUUCUGCAUUUAUUGAUUGAAUUAUCAUCUGAUAAGAUCGUAAUAAGCACAAAUGCGAAGAGCAAAUUUGAAUUUGCAUUGCGAGACUUGCUAUUUGUAUUGUUAGCUCGACAAAAGAAGCAAAGUUCGAAAGAAGACAAUUAUAUCGAAAUAUAUCAAUCCAAACUUCCGGGAGAUACGCAACGGCUAUUUGAUUCGAUUGAUUUAAUUAUCGCUUGGACUGAUGGAAAAUCUUUACCAGAGUUUUUCUUCAUACAAUGGGAACAACUCUUUCGAGAAGAUUCGACACCAAGUGAUGAGGAUAUGAUUCGAUCACACAACUGUUUUAGUCUCAUCGCUAAUCAGGAACUCAUCCGUUUUAUGAAUGGAUAUACUUUAGUUAAAGAUAAUUCCUUCUUUGAUUUUCUUGCAACACUUCCAAGAGAAUCUGAACCGAAUCCUGUUUUUUAUAAGAAUUAUUUCGUCUUAUCACGUAUUCCAGCGGAUGCGAUUCGCGCUCGAACAACAUACGUCUAUGUGCUGAAUAAAAUCAUCAAGAAAAGUCUCUUUACACUGGAUUUCAAUCAAUCGGAAGGCCAAAGUAUUCUAACCGAUUAUAUCCUAUCAAUUAAGUCUUAUCUGUUGAUAUCGACUAAAUUUCACUUGUUUAACGUGUCCUUAGAACAAACAUCGACUGACAGUAUCAGUACACUUCAAUCUGUUUAUUUCGACACGGUCCAAGCCAGCACGGCGAAGGAAAACAGUAAAAGUUCAAUGUUUUAUCAAGCUUAUCAACAAUUGCAUAGCAAUGCUCAUAUUCUUUUCCGACGACUCAAUAAACAACUCUGGUGCUCACAAUAUCUCGACAUGCAUAGCACAAAUACCAGUGGACAUUACCAUGAUUCGAUAAUGCGUAUUUGUUCAGAUAUAUGUUCUACUCGAUUACCGUUAUUUAUCUUAUGCUCGAAUGGACGUAGAAAUCGAGGAUCCAAUCGAGACUGUUGGAUUCCGAAUGUUUUCCCACCACAUCAACCAAUACCAAAAAACCUGCAAAAACAGUACCGAUUUGUUGGUCAGUUAUUGGGCAUGGCCAUACGAAAGAAACAUUAUUUAAAUAUCAAAUUUCCAACUUUAGUAUGGAAAUAUUUAUUGAAGAAAAAGAUUUCAAUGAAAGACAUCGAAGCCGUUGAUAACCAAAGUUUUACAUUUCUUAACGAAGUGGAGAAAAAUGUCGAGCAAAUUAAAGCGCACAAUGGUGAAAAAGAUGUAGAAUCUUUGUUCAUUAGUGCAACGAAUGGGUUACGAUUUGAUAUUAUUAGUUCGUCUGAACAAACGUACGAACUCAUUCCUGGCGGCUCGAAUAUUUCAAUAACCAUGGCAAAUUUUGAUCAUUUCUGUUCUUGUUAUCGGCAUUAUCGUCUACAUGAAUUUGAUCGGCAGAUCAGUUGCAUUCGAGAAGGAUUGCACAGCGUCAUUCCCUAUUAUUAUUUGAGUUUGUUUACUGCGAAUGAACUCGAAGAGGCAGUUUGCGGAAAAGAUAGAAUAGAUAUCGAACUUCUGAAACGAAAUACUUGCUAUACUGCUGGAUAUGAACCUGAUUCACCAACGAUUGAACUGUUUUGGAAAGUUUUGACAGAAUCAUUUACUGGCGAUCAGAAAAAUUUGUUCUUAAGAUUCGUCUGGGAAAGAAGUACUUUACCGAUUCAUGACGAAGAUUUUCAACCGAAAUUUACUAUUGCGAAACUCCAUGUUUCUGAAGAACAACAGAUUGAUAGAACCCUUCCACGAUCACAUGCAUCUUUCUUUACUAUUGAAUUACCUCCUUACUCAUCAAACGAAGUCAUGUACGAACGUUUAAAUUAUGCGAUUUCAUCAUCUUCAAGUAUAGAUAGCGAUGGGUUAUUCAACAAUAACGUCUAA